AUGGAAAUGCCAGCUAAGGAUAAAGCCGUAAAGGUUCGAAAGCAUGUGAGUAGUGCUUGUUUAGAAUGUCGAAGAAGACAUUUCAAAUGUGAUGGUAAACAGCCUAUUUGUGACAAAUGUCUAAAGUCUAACAAACCUUGUCAAUACGUUGCAAGCCAUCGUGGUGGUUCUCGAAAAAAAGGUGUUUCCACAAAGAAGAAGCCUAUAACAGUUAAUGAUGUGAACCGUGGACCAGAAAUGCCAAUGUUUGUUGCUGAUAUUGAAGAUUUUGGUAAAAAGAGCCAACCUCCUGUUACACCACCUGUUCAAUCCACAGAAAUCAAGACAAAUGAAGAAAUGUUCCAGCAUGUAAUGGAUUUACCAUGUGCCCAUGAUAGUAACAGAUGUACGGGACUGAAUUGUCCAGGGAAAAGUGCUGUAGAGUACAUGAAACAGCGUCCUAAUAAGCAUGCGCAUAUGAAUGAUACUGAAGCCCAAAUGAUGGAGACUUUGAGAAAGAAAAUAAAGUUAGAAAGCACAAUGAGUAAUAUUAAUUGUCUAUUUAGUGACAACAAUCCUCCAAUUGAUAUAAGGUCAUUUAAAGAGCUAGAAAUGACGACUAAUAUCCACAAUCCAAACAAUUUUGUUGAUCUCAUGGAACUCGACAAGAGCGAGAUCAUUAAAAACUACUACGAGAUGUUUCACCAUGCUCAUCCAUUCUUGCCACCUAGAGAAGAAAUGUUGAUUUACAUGUCAAACCUGUCAAUAGAAAAGGAGUUGUUGCCUAUUCUUAGUGUAAUCAGUGAAGGUGAAACUUCUUCGGUUACGCUAGAGCCGUUGACUUGGUAUCAGAUAGAUUGGUGCAAUGUAUUGACGUGGUUAGACAAAAUGGGUAUAUAG